AUGAAGGGAACCGUAACGUCCAACAUCCCCCGCUUCCUCCUCCCCAGGGGCAUUCAAUCGCGCACACUGCAAUACUUGCACCGCCGCAAUUUUUCCAGCACAACAUGGCGUCAAGCAACAGAAGACAACCCACGCACAUUACCUCAACCGGACAAAUUCCGCCCACCAUCUCACCCAGCUCGACGCGUUAUUCAAACCCGUAAUGGCAAAAAAAUCGCGCGCGAACCAUUCAAUUACCCCGGUCGCCCGCUCACGGCAAAGGAGAAAGAGGAGCAGAAGACAAAGAGAUAUCCGAAUAUGUUUCCUGCGGAGGGGACGGUGUUGUUUAAGUUUUUGACUUCGAGGUGGAUUCAUGUUUGGAUUGCUAUGGGAGUCUUGACAUCUCUAGCAACAUUCACAUUCACCGAAAACUUCAAACGAACAUCCCAAUUCGCGCAUCUACUUCCACCAUGGUCCGGCCUCCUCACCUCUCCAAUCAGCACCAUCUCACAAGCCAUCUCAGUCUGGAAAAUGCAUGUCCAACACACCUCAAUGGUAGCGCGCGAAAACCGACACAAACGAGUCGAAGAUGCAGAGAAGCGUCGUCAAUACCGCAUUGCGCAUGGAAUGGAGGAGCCGUCCAAGGUUGCAUCGCCGGUUGUCGAGGAUGAUCAGUCGCCCAUUGCACCGCCUUUGGCUGCGGCUGCUGAGACUGCUCCCGUUCCCGUUGCUGCAGCUCCGGAGGGAUCCGGGCAGGUGGCUGUUGAGGGAGGGGAGAAGCGGGCGCCGAAGAGGUGGUUGGGGAUUUGGUGA